UCACAUGCUCUUCCCACCAAGCCAGUCAAGUGCCCCUUGAUUUUUUUUUUUUAAAAAAGCAUUUAUUGGGGUAUAAUUCACAUACCAUACAUCCCACUCAUUUAAAGCAUACAAUUGAAUGGUGUUUUAUAUAUUCACACAGUCCUGUAACGAACGCCAUAGUCCCUUUUUGAGUAUUUUCAUUACCCCCCCCCCCCAACUCCAUACUCACUGCGGUCACACCCUGUGCCCUUGUGCACCCCCUACUAGCCAACUUACUACCCCCAAGCCUAGCCAACCACUGAUCUCCUUUCUGUCUCUAUAGAUUUUUCUCUUCUGGACAUUUCAUAUAAAUGGUUCACCCAUUUUAUAGCCUGUAUCAGUAUUUAAUUCCUUUUAAUCACCAAGUCAUCCAUUUUGUGGAUUUGCCAUAUUUAAUUAUCUAUUGUCAGUUCAUGUGAGACAGAACAGGCUCUGGACUCGGGUCCCCUCAACCCCUCAACCCCUCUGUGGCUGCCUCCCUAAGGGGAAAAAAGCUAAUGCUCACUGCCUCUUGAGUCGCAUCUGGGGAGGAUGGCGAGACAGACUGGAGAAGACCCAUCAAACCAGUCUGUGCCCAGAGGGACCCCAGUGCUGACCUUUCACUGACUUCCCCCCUCCACCUAAUGCUAAAAAAUCACCCUCAGGGGGUGGAAAUGGCACUUGCUAAUUGACAUGGGAGGCUCACCUUAAAGGCAUGACCUUUAAGUGCCCAGGUGCUAAUGAAUCCCGGCCACUACAUGCUUGCAAGGACCCUUUUCCCACCCACGCUGAGGGGCGCCUGAAUGGCUCUGUCCGUUAUGCAGCCCACUGGGCUCAGAUCACGAUCUCACGGUUCGUAGGUUCCAGCCCCGCGUCAGGCUCUGUGCUGACAGCUCGGAGCCUGGAGUCUGCUUCGGAUUCCGUGUCUCCCUCCCGUCUCUGCCCCUUCCCUGCUCAUGCUCUGUCUCUCUGUCUCUGUCUCUCUCUCAAAAAUAAAUUAACAUUAAAAAAAUUAAAAACAAAACAGAGCAGAAAACUCUCCCUGACCUCUCCUCGGGCAGUCAGCCUGGGGAUUCUUUGUGCUGCCUCCCUUGUGCUCAAGCCAAAGCCCCGGUAAAGCCUGGCCUGAAACUCCCAUUCGUCCUCUUGUCAAUUUCUAUUGCUUAGCGAGCCCAAGGGCGCGGGUUGGGAGCAGGUGGACGUUUGCAUUAUUUCUCUGGAUUCUGCGUGUUGACUGAACAAUGCGUAUCAUCAGUGGUCAGACAGGUGGCUUACGCAGCUGUAUUCAGCUGGGAAUUCGCCCCACGUCUCUCUCUAUGUGGGCCUCACCCUCCAGGGCCUCAGGACGGGACCCAUCUUUCUCCAGCAGGAGAAUUCCACUUCCGUCUCACCAGAGGCUGGGUUCCAAGAGAGCAAACACAGAAGGUGCUGGGCUUAAGGGCCAGCCUGCACCUGUGUCAUUCUGCUACAUUCCAUCGGUGGGGCCAUUUGGCCAGUUGUGGGCAGCGAGUUCUGAGCAAAAGGUUUCAGCUCCAGGCCGAGGCAAAGAAAGGCCUGCACCAGCCUCCAGAUGUGUCAUCCCUUCUGCCGCCACGAUAGCCUCAUGGGAGACGGUCACCACGCACUCAUCCAGAGCCGCUGCCCGCUUUGCCUCGGCAGAUUCUGCUAAACGUGUGGUUGGACUCUCAGGAACAUGUCUCCGGUUAUGGCCUCCCAAGACACUGGCAAAGAACAUAGAAUCUGUUCAAUGGAAGAGGCCGGGGCCCUCACCUUCAGAAUUUUCUGUGAUACUGACAUGGAAGUGCGAGUCUGAUUAUUGCAGCGAUAAAAAUUGGACUUUGAAUCACCUCAACAAAAGAUUCGGUUUUACAACCCAGAACUUAAGUCUCACCAUCCAGGCAGCUCAGCAGCAGGACAGCGGCUUCUACAUCUUUGAGGCGACUGAUGAGCAUGGGAAAGUUAAGGACUACACGUUCCAGGUUUCUGUGUUUGAUCACGUAGGGGAGCCCCACGUACUACAGGACUCGAAGGUCCUGGAGGGAGGGAGGUGCCAAGUGACUCUGUCCUGCUCGGUCCCCAGCGGUGGUAACGUGAGCUAUGAUUGGUAUAGAGGGAGCGUGCUGAUCGAGACAGCAAGGAAUCACAGCACGCUGGAGGACCAGAUCGAUGCCAACAGCUCGCACAUAUAUACCUGCAAUGUCAGCAACUCGGUCAGCUGGACAAACCGCACCUUCAUCCUGCACUGUCCGGGUGACUCCCAGCAGGACAAGUCUCUGCACUUGUUGGUGAUCAUCGUGGUCCUUCUAAUCAUGCUGUUCCUGGGCGCCCUCACCGGCUUCUGUGUGUGGAGGAGGAAGAUGAAGCAGUCACAGGACGGCACAGAGGAGUUUCUGACGGUUUAUGAAGAUGUCAACAACGUGCAAAUCAAGAGGAAUCAGGAGCAGAAGCCGAAUUCCCCCGGAGAAGGGAGCACCAUCUACUCCAUGAUCCAGUCCCAGCCUUCUGCUUCCACAUCACAAGAAGCAAACACCUUGUAUGCAUUGGUACAGCCUUCCCGGAAGUCUGAAUCCAAGAAGAAGAACCACGGCCCUUCCCUCAAUAAUACUAUCUAUGAAGAGGUUGGAAAGAGACAGCUCAAAGCCCAGAACCCAGCUCGACUGAGCCGCAGGGAGCUGGAGAACUUUUCUGUGUAUUCCUAGUUGCUGCCGCUGGUCUCCCUUCUCUCACAUCCCAGUAUCUGCUUUGGGACUCAGCCCAGUGGAUGAUACCACAUGAGUCUACAGAAUGGUGCCUGGUCUGGAGAGGAUACGGGAGUUCGUUCAGGGUCUAUAUCUUGUUUUUAACAUGAUUUCUCUCAGCCAAGACUGUUAAAUAAUAUCUCUCAACUUACAGACUGGACAAGACUGGGCGGAGAGGUUGGGUAGUUCUCGAAAGACUGCAAAGCAGGUCCACGGGCGGGCGCACCACGAGCCUCUCAAAUGCUAUGCAAAUGCAGAGUGUUGUAUUAUUAGCAUCAAGAUCCCUUCCCCCGGAUUUCUAAUGUGUUCCUCAUCUCUCCUCUUCUUUAAUCUGAGAUGACCACAUUUCUAGACCCUCCCCUGCCCCAGGCCCCUCUUCCAAAGGGGAAGGAAAGAUCAUGGUGACUCGGGGAGAGAAACAGCUCCACCCCACGAGGAUGAACUAAGUAGCUGUAAGCUGCCGGCAGGUUCUCCAAGGGACCGGACCUAGGCUGUCCUCAAAAACAGAGGAAAAACUCCCCCACCACAUAGUAAACCUUUACCCCUGGCCGCUUGGUCACAAGGGAGAGGGCAGGAGUGAGAGUAGAUGGUACAAAGUAAACCCAUCUCAGAGUGGAAAAAUCACCGUGAGUCCACGCUGUCCCAGUAACUGGGCCGUGGGACCAGUUUUGUCUGCGGUAUGAUGUGUGAUUAUUAACCCAUUAUCGAUUAAAAACACAUAUUCAGAAA